AUGCGUAUGGAACAAAGAAAACAUUCAAGUUUAUUAUCUGAAUUGGAAAAUAUAUUAUCAACAAAUGAUAGGAAAAUUAAAGUUGGUAAAGAAAUAUUUAGACAACUUUUAAUAAAAAAUCCUGAUUAUAUGAAAAUGUACAAACCACUUCAAUCAGUCACUUUGCCUCAAGCAUUGAAUUUAGAUUAUCUGACUAAAAUGGCUAUAUGUUAUGUGGAUAAUAUCAUGAAAAUUGUGAGAAAUUUUAAUGAAGAAGAGAAAUUACAAGAAACGGUAAAAUAUUUAGCUGCAAUACACACAAAUCGUGGAUUAACAGUAGCUCAUUUUGUGUCCAUUCUACCUAUAUUCACUGAUACAAUUGUAUCAUAUAUGGAGAUUGAUGAUAAUAAAGAGAGUAUGCAAUUUAUAUUGUCAACUGUAUUUCCAAUGAUUGGGAAACGCCUUUAA